UUUUAAUUAUCUUAAGGGAUGGUGUAGAGACCUGCACGGCAUUAUGAACAGAUCAUGGUUCAAAUCUCCCUUCUUCUGCUAUUUAUUAUCUUUUCUAAAGGUUACAGUGUUCUGACAAUAAGUUCUAUUAAACCGUAUAAAACAGUACCAUAUGGAAGUGCUGUGACUGUCAUCUGCUCAGAGGAAGGCACAUGGACCGUGAAUAGAAAAGCACCUACUGCUGAACAUGUUGUGGACGGAGCUAGUAUCACCAUUAAAAAGAUAACUGAAAGCACAGAUGUCGAUUGCAUUAAAAAUGAUAACGUUCAUGCAUCUGAUACAAUUAGUGUUAUAAAUGUAGCGGGGGUUUCAAGCGGUAACUGUCGGGUAGGGUGUGAAGUGUCUUGUGCUUUAUAUCCGCUGGAGAACGAACCUACUGAAAUUAAGUGGUCUAUCAAUGGUUUAACGGAGGACUUAAAAGUGGGCGAAUCCGAAGAGGUCGAUAAUGGGGAUGAUAAUAAACCUAAUACUAAAUAUACUCACAGGUCAGGGGAAUAUAAAUACGAUUCACAACAAACAAAUCUAAAGAUAGAAAACCUAGCGGAGACAGCUCACUUAACAUGUUCCUUUACUUUGAGCGAUAACUCAGUUGUAGAACACACCGUGUCAGCCCUCAUCAGACCUACUAAUGAGUGUCACAUGGGGGAGAGAUGUGUGACGAAGGAUAAGUGUCACAGUGUGUCAGUUAUUGAUGACACUACGUGCAGUAACGACUGUAAGGAGUGCUUCACUUACCAGUACGAACCAGGAGAUUUCAUGGAAGGUAAUGGACAGUGUUCAAAAGACACUGCAUGGUGUAAAAGCUACUUGGACGAGAGGAAGAAGUGUGCUGAUGUAGAGACUGAUACUAUAGCUAACUACUGUAGCCAGUGUGGCAACUGUCUCCAGUUGGAGUUCUCCUCAUCUAAACUAAUUCUACCUCUGGUGAUCUUCGUUAUGUUGUGUCUUCUGACCAUACUAAUGUGCUACAAGAGCUACGAGGAAAAACGAUCAGUUCUUCCCAAGGUUCAUGUCACUAAGUCUGGUCCUGCAGCUAAAUUUGUACCGCAAGUUUCCAUAGUAAAGGAGAACCGGUGUGCAUCUGACGAGAAAUUCAACUUAAAGGUGAAAACCAAGGGAGGAGCCACGCCCAUAAACGGGGGGGAGGUCAGCAAACAAUCAUCCCAAAUAAUCUAACAGAAGGCAACCAAUACCUGACACCCUCCUCCGCGCUCAAGCCCCCCUCUCACAACCCUCCCUCACCGGAUGAGGGGCCUGAUGAGGGGCCUCACUUUGAGGACGAACCGGUCCAGAUUGUGCAGCAGGGGGACGAGAGGAUAGCCACCGUUAUGCAACAUCGUCAACAGACAUCUUCUCUAGGGCAGGAUCGUCAACAGACAUCUUCUCUAGAAGAGAACUUAAACUUUGGUAGUGAUGAUGACGUAAGGGAGGUGGAUAGUGGGAAGGGUGGUACACACCCCGCACAUACUGAGAGUAGAGAACAAACUGAGAGUGAGGGGGUAGCUCGGGAAUUAACUGACGUUUCCACCAGGGACGUUAAGGUUCGGCCCAUGUCUGACAGCUCAUUGGUUUUAACCAACUGAAAGCUGAUCUGUAAUCAUUUCCAUUGUACAGAGCUUUUUUUGUUUGAUUGUUUAAAAGUUCGGAUAAGGAUGUGUCUUUUAGUUUGCUUCCUUCUUAUGUGCUGAGAUCUGAUCUGGUAAGAUAUUUCAAACUCUGUGAAACCUGGCGACCCCUUGUGAGCCUGACUGAGUGGUGUUUAGUGUAAUGCCCUCUGAUAACAGUAUGCGUGUUAGGUACGGUUAUCUUGGUUAAUUAGUUUAAUAAGACGUGGUCAUCAAUAGGAUGCGCCAUUAAUUUAUAUUUCAUUAAGAAAAGUCGUCACUUUUCAAGAGUAAUUUGUUGGCUGAUAUUUUUAUCAGAAGCUCAGAAGUCCGCGGAUAAUAUACAACCGUAAAGUUUCUUUCGUUCGGUAGAUUUUUAUUAAUUAAAAUGAUAUGACCACUAAAUUGCUGUUUUACCAAAAUGUUCUCAGAGAUGUUUCAGAUUAAUGGCGAUUUAUUUUUUGAUUGCCAAUGAAAACAAAAUAUACCCUAAAAAUUAAAAAUUUUAAUGUUGCUUUAAAUCAUUGUUAUGUAUUAUCUUUUAGAAUUUUAUCUUACUUGAUAUUAAAUCAGUAAACUUAGUUUCUAUUCUAUAUUUAGAUUUUCAAUGGGGUUAUUUCAAGAAUUAAAAAUAUUCCAAAGUUGAGAUUUCUAAUCUUUCGGUUAUUUCUGACGGCCAUUUUCACAUAGUGAGGCUUUUAAUUUUCCCGUUCAUCUCAUAUUGACAGAAUCGUAUGUGUACGUUUUAUUUAUAGGAUUUAUUGGAUUGGCACAUAUAUAACAAGUUUGUCUCUGGUUAUUAAAAAAUCUGAUUUUCAGUCAGAUAUGAGAUUUUGCGCUUAAUUAAAACUCUAACCAGCUAUUUUUAAGGAAUUAACCUCAUAUUUCCCUUAAGAAAUGACCGGAGAAGUUUAGAGUAUUUUAAUAUUACUGUUAGUUGCGAUAUUUAAAGAUCGGAUCGACGAAGCAAAUUAAAUUGCUUUGAUCAUAA